AAGUAAAAACUUUCAGUACAGUUUUCCUAAACUGUGUCCUUUAGUGAUCCCCUCCCCUUGAGAGCAGAGAGCCAAUACCUGAGUCUGUCUUCUAAAAAGCACUUCCUUGGCAGGUUGAGCCAGUCUUAGUGCUUCUGCAGUUCCUGCCACAUUGUCCAUCAGUGUUUUCCCAUGCCCCCUUCAAAAGGUUUUUUUCAGCCUGGGAGGGUAGACAUGGUUGAAAACCCAAUAACUUCAAUUUUUAAUCCUCUCCUUCAGAUUCUUUGUUUUUGUUUUGUUUUUUGCCAGAGGUAUUAGCAGGAUAAACUAAUGGAAGAGGACUGACAAUAUGCACCUAGGAGGGGAUAGAACUGUUUCAGUGCUUAACUUGGUUUGCUAUGAUUUCUGAGAUUGGGCCUCUAUGGUGUAUUUCUGUGAGGAUGCAGAAGGCUGAUACACAGCUUAUUCUUUCUAUCUUAUCUUCUUCCAUUGCCAUUCCAGGCUUCAAACAUCCAGUACUACCCGUCUUUGUCUUGUGCCAACUGUGGUUGUCAUCUCUCUUUCCAUCAGCCUGUCUAACAUUUUAAAACAUUCUGAAAUGUUUAAAGAACAGAUUCUUCUACCACAGUUGUUUGAAAGUGUCCUGGCUUCUGACAUUUUUGUUUGAAGGAGUCCUGCCUGAGGAAUUCUUCAGGAGAUAGCAGGGAUGAGAGCUGUUAAGCCAUUAUGUUUGUUCAGCUGCACACAAGACCAUGGAAAGUCCCAUGAGAGGCCUAUAAUUCAAUCUGAGUAGAAAUCCAUUAGUUUAAAAGCAAUCUGCUCCCAACUCUUCCGCCAGAAAUGGUCUAAAUGCUAGAGUAACUGACAGAAUCUAAAAGGAGACAUAAUCAGCAAAUAUGGAAGAGGAUACCAAACCUAUCUUGGUUCCUGUGGGAAGUGAUGAAAGCAAUUAUGGAAUCAUGAAUAUACAGUUUAAUCCAGAAGACUAUAAGUGCAAAAGACCAUUUCACGUGGAGCCCACAAACAUAGUCAGUGUGAACGAUGACAUGCAAAGAGUCACUGAUGAAGCUUCAGCAAUGAAUAAGCGGAUUCAUUACUAUAGCAGGCUCACAUCCCCUACAGACAGGGCAUUGAUUGCUCCUGAUCAUGUACUCCCAGCUCCCGAUGAAAUCUACGUGUACAGUCCAUUAGGAACUGCUUUUAAAGUUGAGAGUUGCACAGAUGGCUAUGGUAAAAACUCCAGUCUAGUGACAAUAUUUAUGAUAUGGAAUACCAUGAUGGGUACAUCCAUAUUAAGUAUCCCGUGGGGAAUAAAACAGGCAGGCUUCACUUCUGGAAUUAUUCUCAUCUUACUGAUGGGCAUUUUGACUCUUUAUUGCUGUUACAGAGUCGUGAAAUCACGGCAAGUGAUACCUUUAACCGAUACCUCAAACUGGGAAUUCCCAGAUGUUUGCAAGUAUUACUUUGGAUCCUUUGGUCAAUGGUCAAGCCUCUUAUUUUCUAUGGUAUCACUUGUUGGAGCCAUGGUUGUUUAUUGGGUACUUAUGUCCAACUUUCUGUUCAACACAGGGAAAUUUAUAUACAACUUUGUUCAUGACAUUAAUGUAACAGACAUUGUUCCUGGCACCAAUGGCAGUAACAAAGUCAUUUGUCCAAGUGCUGCUAGUGAUCACCCACCACAGAACAGGAGUGUGAUGUUCUCUUCUGGCAACAGAACAGGUUUUGAACUCUUUGAGGAAUGGUGGGACAAAUCACAAACAGUACCAUUUUACCUGAUUGCUGUUCUUCUACCCCUGUUAAAUCUGAAGUCUCCAUCCUUCUUUGCGAAGUUUAAUGUUCUAGGUACGGUUUCAGUUGUCUACUUAGUUUUUCUGGUUACAAUAAAGGCUGCUCAUCUGGGAAUACACUUAGAAUUCAACUGGUUUACAGAGAAUGAAUUUUUUGUACCAGAGUUUAGAAUUCUGUUCCCUCAGCUCACGGGGGUUCUAACACUUGCCUUCUUCAUCCACAAUUGUGUCAUCACACUUCUUCAGAAUAACAGGAAUCAAGAAAACAAUGUGAGAGACCUCUCUAUUGCAUACUUCCUGGUUGGACUAACAUAUCUGUAUGUUGGAGUGAUAAUUUUUGCAUCUUUCCCUUCUCCACCAUUAUCCAAAGAAUGUAUUGAACAGAAUUUUCUAGAUAACUUUCCCAGUGAUGACAUCAUGUCAUUUGUUGCAAGAAUAUUCCUGCUGUUCCAAAUGAUGACUGUAUACCCACUGUUGGGCUAUCUGGCACGAGUUCAGCUGUUAAGACAGUUUUUUGGAAAUGCUUACCCAAGCCUUUUCCACGUGCUUAUCCUGAACCUAGCCAUCGUAGGAGCUGGAGUAGCAAUGGCAAGAUUUUAUCCAAAUAUAGGAGGUAUCAUAAGAUACUCUGGAGCAACAUGUGGUCUGGCCUUCGUAUUCGUGUAUCCAUCACUUAUCUACAUGAUCUCCCUGCACCGUGCUGGGCAGCUGACGUGGCCUGCAUUGAUCAUUCACAUCUUUAUAAUCCUCCUUGGACUGGCUAAUCUGAUUGCACAAUUCCUAUUGUGAAAACUCCCCCUUCUCCCGUGGCUGUCACAAGUGGUACUGCGAUAUUUGGCAACAGCCUUGAGCAACACUGUGAGGCAUGAGAACCGUCCCCAGUGUGAGGAUCUUGAGAACAGCUGCACCUUUGAAACAAAUUUGAAACACAUCUUUCAAGUGCUUUACAGGAAACAUGUCUUGCUUCUCUGAAAACACAGGUUUAUGAAAAGUGAAAUGGUUCAGAUUUGAGUGAUACAGUUCUCAUUUUGUUCAAGAUACAUUAAUUAAUGUAUCUUGAACAAGAAAUGUAUCUUGAAUAAAAAAAUUAACAAAGUUUAAAUAUUUUAAUUUUUUACAGCACAUUUCUCCAAACAAAAAGCUUCCAGCCUCAAGCUGUGGAAGUCUUUCUCCAAAUGAGCUGUCCUUACCUUGAUUAGCAGACAUGCUUUCUCAGUAUUGUUCAGUGACUCUUUGAAAUGCUCUUUUGUUGCAGUUAUUUUCCUGAUUUGUUUAGAAAAAGAAGAAUUUAUUGUCUUUCCUCUUUUUUUUCAGGUUAAUUUAUUGUCACUUGGGUCAAAAUGCACUCUUAAUUUUGAAUACACUAUUAAAUUGUUUUGGCAAUAUUUUUCCUCUAGGAAAUUCCAACAUAGAGAAACAAUAAACUCAUGUUUCAGUGUUUUAUUCAGAACCAAUAUAUACACAAGUUAUUUGUGAUCUUACAAUACAAAAAAGCCGGGAGGAUAAAAAAAAAUUAGAACAAGACAAUUAAAAUUAGUAUUCCAGGCUUGACCUCAGUUCAACUCUGUUACUGGGCUAUUAUGUGCUGUGAAGUUGUCUUGUCAGGAGUUGCAUGUGGCUUUUAUGGAUGCAUGGUGUACACAGCAUUUAUUCCUCACAGGCCUGCCCUUGUAGGGUCUUCCUCUGGUGGUCUCUCACUUCCCCACCAUGUUACUCCAGACACUUUGAGUGUGAGCAGAGAAACAAAGACAGCACUCUUCAGAAUCAUGGAUGAAGUAAAAGAAUUUAAGUUUUAAAUAAUUUUUAACAGGAGAUGGAAGAAUCUUGGAAGAUUGUGUUGUGGGGCUGUUUUUUGGGAUUUUUUUUACUUCUUGUUUACAGAUCAAGAGGGUGUACAUGCGUAAGCGCAUAGACACCUUCCUUCAUCUACCUGCUGUAACUCUGUCUUAUCUCAAAACAUGCAGUAAUUAGGUUGCCAGACACAAGUGGGAUGUCAUUUUUGUGGUUGGAGAGAGAAUAGAAAGUCCUCUUUGUGCAGAAUUUCAGUGCAUUUAAAUAAUCAACAAAUGCAGAAUAACUGAAAGAGAGCUCUGAGGAAUACUAAAUUCCAAAAUAAGUAAAAUAGGAAAAGCAUUAGAGUGGUGCAAUGUUUGUGAAGUAGGAGCUGGGAAAGAUAAUUAUAUUGCAGGGUAAGAGUUCAUAUUUUCAUCAGAAAGAUGGUGAAAAACAUAACCUAGGUUAUUACCACGUUUCUCUGGGAAAUUGUGUGAAUUUUUGUAGUAAUGAUGUAAAUCCAUUUGUUUUACUUAGGCUCCUCAAGCUGUGUAAAGGAUACUCACUUUCCUAAAUAUCCUUUGAUUUGUAUGAAAUAAAGAUUAUAUGGGUUUGGAAUACUA